AUGGCAUCAUCAUCUACUCCCGAAGUCCAGUUGCCUCCCAAACCCCUCUCUCCUGUCAAUUCCGCCUUGAUCUCAUUGACAGUCACAAACGUGGCUCUCAAGUAUGGUGUGCGAAAUAGCGAGCUGCCUCCCGCUCCGCAAUUGACGUACGAUUCGUGCAAGCAUUGGAUGCGGGUGAUGGAGCAUUCCUACGAGAUGUCGCAGAACCAAGUCAACGAACACUACGUCCGCCAACUUUCUAUGACCAACCCAGCGUCCCCGACAUUCAGCCCUCAAAUGACUGUCAAGGAGGCUUCUGAAGAUAUCCACAAGAUCAAUCCCCAUGGAAUCGAGUUUCGCCUCGCCCGAAACCCCGACGCGCUCGCCGCACUGCGCCGCACCCGCAAGCUUCGAUACCGCAACAACCUCAAGCUCCUCAAAAUGUCAUUCAAAAUGGCACAUGAGCCGGCUUGGAAGCCCAAGCGUGAUGAGGGCCCGGUCGCGCAGUCUCACAACUUGACAGAUGCCGAGUGGAAGGCACAGAAGGAGCUCGCAGACAAGAAGAAGGCUGAGAUGACGGUCGAGGAGAUGAAGUACAUUGCGGAGAUGAAGUCCGCAAAGGUGAAAGCUGCCGCAGACCAGAGACUCCAGCUUGCAAAGGACAGGGUUGCAGAGCAGGAGGCAAUGAAAAAGCAGGCUGGAAAGAAGCGUGUUGGAAUUAAGCCAAAGCCCGCUGCGAACAAGCCCGUUGCGACCAAGCCUAUUGCGAACACGUCAAUCGCACACAAGCACACCACAAACAAGAUUGUUGCAAAGCAGCAGGAGCAGCAGGUUGCAGAGAAGCACGUCACAGAAAAGAUAGCCGAGAAGCCCAAGGCAGAGACCUGCACGACGACAGAGGUCAAACAUGAGACUCCAGCCUGGCUCAAAUGGUUGAACGAUGAGGAGGCCGCGGCAAAGUCGAAGAAGUAA